CUGUCCGGACUGAAUCUUCCUCUCUCCCUCUCCACCUUUACACGUUAUGCCUGCACUGACGCUUUCGAUUUCGCUUCCCUCCAGUUCGGCGUCGUGCAAAUAUGGAUUGCUUUUUAUUUUGCCCCGUCGCCUGUUGAAGUUUUCAAGCGCAUUUCCACGGCUGACCGAGUCUCUCUACAGCGCGAGCUUCAUGUUUCCUUCGGCAACUUUCGGAAGUAACUCGGUCCGGAUGUGUUCACACUGUUGAGCUGAGCCGAGCGCUCGAGCACAGGGAUUUUAAACACGGAUUGCGUCCGAACCUUUUCAGACUUCUCUUGUUCGUGUUUUAAGUGAUGGCGGAGCGGGGAGCCCUGCUGCUCCUCUCUCUUUUCUGCCUCACAAUCACCGUUUCACAUUCUGCUAAAGGCUCAUCAGUGAGGAGUUUCAGCCCAUUAUGGUUCUCCGUAGAGCCGUCAGACACACUAGCGGUGCGGGGUGCUCCAGCACUGCUCAACUGCUCGGUCCACAGCGAGACCCCUGCCAAGAUCGAGUGGAAGAAGGAUGGCUCUUUCCUCAACCUGGUGUCAGAUGAUCGCAGACAGGUCCUGGCAGACGGAUCGCUCCUCAUCAGCUCAGUAGUGCACUCUAAACACAAUAAACCAGAUGAAGGGGUUUACCAGUGCGUGGCCACUAUAGACAACCUGGGCACAAUCAUCAGCCAUACCGCUAGACUCAGUGUAGCAGGUAUACCACGGUACCUCAGUCAGCCAGAAUCUGCAUCGGUUCAGGUUGGUGACAGUCAUGUGCUGAGCUGUGAGGUGAACUCUGAGCUAGUGUAUUUUAUCCGCUGGGAGCAAGACAAAGAUCCGGUUGAGCUGGAUGAGAGAGUCUUCAUGUUACCCAGUGGAGCUCUCGUCAUCAGUAACAUCACAGAGGCAGAUGCAGGACUGUACCGCUGUGUGAUCGAGAACGCUGGACCUACCAAGACCAGUGACGAGGCACAAUUACACAUUCUGCCCAAAACAGGGGAGGAAAGGAGCCUGGAGUUCCUGCAGGUGCCUCAGCCAGUGUCUAAAGUGGUAGGGGAGAAUGUACUGCUCCCUUGUGUGGUGACUGGAUAUCCCACAGAUGGAUAUGUCAGAUGGAUGCACAAAGACCAGCUCAUUGAGGAGAGUAAGGACCGUUUUGAGGUGCUCGGCGGGGGGAGUCUGCAGAUCUUCAAUCUGACUGAGGAAGACGCUGGUGUGUACAGCUGCCUGGCAGACAAUACCAACUCAUCCAUUGAAGCCCAGGCUGAACUCACUCUAAAAGCUCCCCCACAGUUCCUGAAGAAACCUGCUGACAUCUACGCUCAUGAAGCUACAGACGUCAUCUUUGAGUGCGAGGUCACUGGCUCUCCUGCUCCCACCAUCAAAUGGGUGAAGAACGGAGAUGCUGUCAUUCCUAGCGACUAUUUCAAGAUCAUUAAGGAGCAGAACCUGCAGGUGCUUGGAUUGGUCAAGUCAGAUGAAGGUUUCUAUCAGUGUUUAGUUGAGAACGACGCUGGCAAUGUGCAGUCCAGUGCUCAACUAAUCAUUCUGGACCACGAUGUUGCCCUUCCCUCACCCCCAUCCACCUCACUGACCCGUGCAACUACUGACCAUCUAAUACCAGGCUCUGGAGGCAGCACUGGCCCCACACCCUCGGCCCCUCGGGAUGUCGUGGCCUCGCUGGUGUCCACCCGCUUUGUCAAGGUGACCUGGCGCCUGCCGGCCGAGACGCAUGGAGACGACAUCACCUACUCUGUUUACUACAGUCUGGAGGGCACUAACAGGGAGAGGAUUGUCAACACCAGUCGUCCCGGAGAAAUGCAAGUCACCAUUCAGAACCUCAUGCCAGACACCAAGUAUGCCUUCCGGGUGUUGGCCCACAACAGGAAUGGCCCUGGAGAGAGCUCAGUGCCUUUGAGGGUAGCCACCCAACCUGAGGUCCAGGUACCAGGACCAGCUCCUAACCUCCACGCUGUGGUCACAUCCCCCAUCACAGUCAGCCUCAGCUGGGACAUGCCCCUCACCGGCAACGGGGAGAUUCAAAACUACAAAAUCUACUACAUGGAGAAGGGUCUGGGAAAUGAGCAGGAUAUGGAUGUAAAUACACUGUCUCACUCUAUGACUGGGCUGAAGAAGUUCACAGAGUACAGUUUCAGAGUGGUAGCCUACAACAAACAUGGACCUGGAGUCUCUACUGAGGAUAUAUCCGUACAGACCUACUCUGAUGUUCCCAGUGCUCCUCCACAGAAUAUGACCGUUGAAGUGCAGAACUCUAAGAGCAUCAUGGUCAGAUGGCAGCCUCCUCCAGCAGAUGCUCAGAAUGGGGAGAUCUCCGGAUACAAGAUCCGUUACAGGAAGGGUGCGAGGAAGAGUGAAGUGACGGAAAUUACUUCAGGGUCACAGCUCUAUCAGCUCAUAGAUGAUCUACAGCGAGGCACAGAAUACAUGGUGCGGGUGUCAGCUAUUACAGUCAACGGCACAGGACCUGCCACAGAAUGGACCAGUGCCGAGACCUUUGAGAGUGAUCUGGAUGAGACAAAAGUGCCAGAUGUCCCCAGCUCUCUGCAUGUACGGCCGCUUGUGAACAGUAUUGUAGUGAGCUGGACCCCUCCAGAGAAUCAGGACAUCGUGGUGAGAGGUUACAGUAUCGGCUAUGGGAUUGGCAGCCCUCAUGCCCAGACCAUUAAAGUGGACUACAAACAGAGAUACUACACCAUCGAAAACUUGAAUCCCAGUUCACACUAUGUUAUCACCCUGAAGGCCUUCAACAAUGUUGGCGAGGGCAUCCCUGUGUAUGAGAGUGCCAUCACACGACCUCAGUCAGACCCCAUAGACCCUGAUGUUGAUUUGUACGAACUUUUCCAUGCUCCAUACACUCCAGUACCAGACCCCUUACCCAUGCUGCCUCCUGUGGGCGUUCAGGCAUCCGUUCUGAGUCACGACACCAUCAAAGUCACCUGGGCGGACAACUCGCUACCCAAGAACCAGAAGAUCACAGAUGCACGCUACUACACAGUGCGUUGGAAGACAAACAUACCUGCAAAUGCAAAGUUGAAGGUGGCCAACACCACCACCCUCACUCACACAGUGACGGGUCUGAAGCCCAACACCUUGUAUGAGUUCUCAGUCAUGGUGAUUAAGGGCAGGAGGACCAGUACAUGGAGUAUGACUGCACACGGAACAACUUUUGAAACUAUCCCAAGUUCUGCACCUAAAGAUGUGACUGUAGUGAGCAAAGAGGGGCGGCCACGAACCAUCAUCGUCAACUGGCAGCCACCUUCAGAGGCCAAUGGCAAGAUCACAGGUUACAUAAUUUACUACAGUACUGAUGUGAAUGCUGAGGUUCAUGACUGGGUCAUUGAGCCAGUAGUUGGGAACAGACUAACCCACCAGAUUCAGGAGCUCACUCUUGAUACCACCUACUACUUCAAGAUCCAGGCGCGUAACUCCAAAGGAAUGGGUCCCAUGUCGGAGGCAGUGCAGUUCCGCACUCCCAAAGCUGAAUCCUCUGACAAAAUGGCUAAUGACCAAGCUCCUGGAAUAUCUGUGAAAUCAGGAAGAGUUCCUGCACUAGACCAAGGCUUUGGAUCAGUCGGGAAAUCAGAUAUGUCCGGCAAUGGUGAAAACCACAUCCUGGUUAUCGUCAUCAUUGUGUCCGUCGGAGCUUUCACCAUCAUUGUGGUGGUGGUUGGAGCUUUCCUGUGUACACGCCGUACCACCACACAGCAGAAAAAGAAACGUGCAGCCUGCAAGUCUGCCAACGGAUCCCACAAGUACAAGGGCAACUCUAAAGAUCUGAAGCCACCAGAUCUCUGGAUUCACCACGAGCGCUUGGAGCUCAAACCGAUUGACAAAUCACCUGAACCCAACCCGGUCAUGACCGACACUCCAAUCCCUCGAACCUCCGAGGACAUCACCCCAGCGGAUAGCUCCAUGGACUCUAUGCUGCAGAGACGCAACUCAUACCGUGGCCAUGAAUCAGAAGACAGCAUGUCUACGCUGGCAGGCCGUCGAGGAAUGAGGCCUAAAAUGAUGAUGCCAUUUGAUGCACAGCCCCCUCAGCCUGUGAUUAGUGCCCACCCCAUCCAUUCCCUCGAUAACCAUCACCAUCAUUAUCACUUGGGCAACCUGGCCUCGCCGACACGCAGCUAUCUCCGUCACCCGAGCAGCUCACGGCCCUCUCUCAUCUCUCAUCUAGACAGAGCCGAGUCCACAGAGUCAGUGAGGAACACGCCUGGUGCAGACCUGCACCCCCCCUCCUGCGCCACUGACCCCUCUGAGACCGACAUCAGUUACCACAGCUCAGUCACUGAGGAUGAGCCUCUGUUCACUGCACCCACCGCACAUGUGCGGCCCACACAUGCCCUCAAGAGCUUCGCUGUGCCCGCCAUCCCAGCUCAUCCGCACUACGAUUCAGCAGCUCUACCCAGUACUCCACUCCUCACUCAGACAGGGCCGCACACAGUUAAGAUGGCAUCUAUCAGUACACUGGGAAGGAUGCGAACUCCCAUGCCUGUUAUAGUGCCGAGUGCACCAGAUGUGUUGGACAACAGCAGACUGCAUGAAGAUGCUGGGAGCUACCAUUGACCCUACCCUCCUAAAUCCACAUUUACCCCAAAACCCCAGCUCACCCCAACCCCACCCCCCGCAGUAACCUUCUUGCUCUCCCACAGAAUUACGAGACAGACGAGUUAUCGGAGGAAAUGGCCCAUCUGGAGGGCUUAAUGAAGGACCUAAACGCCAUCACGACGGCCUGAGCACAAUCUUCACACUAACACUUGCCCUCAGCUGCCACAGGGGGGCGUUCAACAUGGAGGAGUUCUCAAUCAUUCACUUAAUGGAGAGAGACAGAGAGUGAGAGUGGAAAAAACAUGGACGUUUGGCUUACUUCGCUUACUCUCAGGAAGGACAAACCUAUUUUGAGGACAGUGGGCAUUCUGAGAAAAGGACAGCCGGUUCCUUCAAACGAAUGAUUGCCAUUUUUCCCCUCAGCGGAAAAGUUCAAUAAACCUCAAACUUUCCUUUGGUUUCAAUGGAGUCUGUUUUGAAAAGACACGUUUUAUUAUCCUGUAAAAAAAAAAAAAAAAAAGGAAAAGUACAAUAUGCUAGUGUAUGUGUUGGUGCUCGUAAGGCACAAUUUACAGUGUUUCAUUUUGUGUCUAUGUUUUUUGUAUCUAUAUAUAUUGCCCGCCUCCCCCUGUUCCAGUGAGAUAAACGUUGGACAUUUUUAUUUCUGCAAGUCAUUUUGUAUUAAGAAUUUUGAUUGACGUCUCUUUUGUAUGUCUUAUAAUGUGCCAUGUCUUAUUAUUUAAAAAAUAAUAUUAAUAUUGCUUUAUAUGCAUAUACACCUAUCAGUUUGUAUAUAUAUGUUUAAAACGGGCUAACGUUAUCAAUGUUUUGACCACCACAGGAACAUUCAGUCAGAAAACGCAGCUUUUUCCUUUUGCAUUCUUUAACCUAAUUUUCCCCUUGUACAAAAUAGGGCUGUUCAGACCGAGCGUGCACUUGCAUUAUAAAAGCUAGAUGCAGCGCAAUGAAAAUAUCAAAAUGCAGGUUUCUCAAGACACGUUUUUAGAAUUUUAACAGUACACGUCGUCUAAAACGCAAAACGUUGAAAAGAAAAACGAGAUGCAGCACAACGGUCAAAAACGUCCGUCUGGCGCAUGUUUACAUAAAAAUAAAUAAAAGAAUGGAUGCAAAGAAUAGAACAGAGCGCAGAUGUCUCAAGACACAUUUUGACACAGCUUCUAAAAAAACAUGUUGCUUUUAUGCAAAACAUUGGGGAAAAAAACAGUGAGAUGCGGCAAAACAGUCAAAAAAGUCUGUCUAGAGCAUGCUUGCAUAGAAAAACUAUUAAAAGAAUGUUCUGGUUUCAACACAAGUUAAGCUCAAUCGACAGCAUUUGUGGCAACGUCCUCUAAAAAUAAAAAGCUAAAAUUACAGUGAGUUCCAGUGAGGCAUUUACAAUGAAAGUGAAUGGGGCCAAUUUUUCGACAUUAAAAUACUCACGGUUUCAGAAGUAAAGCCACAAGACAUGAACAAUAUGCGUGUAAACAUGAUUUUAGUGUGAUGGAAUCACUGACUAACCUUGUCCAUGUAAAGUUCCCCAAAAAAAAUGUCAACUUCGUUACCAUGACGAUGUCAACAAACCCUAAAGUGACUAAAAAUAAUUUAAAUAACUUCACAGCUCAAAUAAUACACGAAUUUUAACAGAAUAAUGAAUGCAAGUGCUUUUAUAAAAUUAUAAGCUCCACAUUUCUACUUUUAAACCCUCCAAAAAUUGGCCCCCAUUGACUUCCAUUGUAAGUGCCUCACUGUAAUCCAGAUUUUUCCUGGAAAAGGAGGGACGAGUCGAAUUACAUUUAUGUGGUAAUCAACAUUAUGCCACAAAUGCUGUCAACUGAGCUUAACCUGUAUUGAACCCAGAAUAUUACUUUAAAAGAUUGGGUGCAGCGCAUAGAAUGGAACAGAACGCAUGUGUCCCAAGACGUGUUUUUAAACAGUUAAACAGUCUUUUAACAUGACAAUAUCUGAGAAACACGGCGCUCAUGCGCGAGAUGCUAAAAAAGCAUGUGAGAUGCAUCGCAACUGUAAUAGCUGUUCAUAUGGCUCAUGUUUACACAAAAAAAAACAGCACGGACGGAUGCAAAACGCAUUUGGUGUGAACAGCCCCUUAUGCCUUUCAUUUAAAAUGGGAGUUCCCUUCGCAAAUUGCCUUAUUAAGUUAGUCUGGAAUGACAAAUAGCUGUUGUUUUUCAAAGAGGGAACACUGAUAUUUAUUCUGUAAUGCUGAAGUAUCAUCACACACUGUUGGUACGAUAACAUGGACCUCAAUCACAUAUGCUGUCAGCCUUUGACUUAAAAACAUUUGUUUGGUGCUGAAACUCAAAACUUCAGGUUAUCCAGUGUCAAAAAAUAACUUUUUAUAAUUGUUAUUAUUAUUAUUAUUAUUAAAGAACAAUAUUUUCCCCCUGGAAUAGAGUUUCGGAACAUUUUCACCGCCAUAUGAGGGCAUAUACAAUCCCAAUUCUGAAUAAGUUGGGACAGUAUGGAAAAUGCUAAUAAAAACAAAAAGGAGUGAUUUCUAUUCAUCCUGUGCUAUACUGAAAGCAAAACAGCAACACAUUAACAUAAUAACACUUGAGCAUUUUGCCCUGAGCUGUGGUUAUUUUCUGACACUGGGUUACACACGUAUAUAACCAGUAAUUUGGUACGUUUAAAGUGUUUUACAAAGUUUCUUUUCGCUUAAAGGAUGCAUUUAGCUCUCUUAUGUAAUGCGUGAAUGAAUGACAACAUUCACUGUGAGAUUUUACCCUCUGUGUUUUCCAGGCAGCACUCCAUGCAACUCUUUUAUACAGGAUCUUUCAUUUUUUAUUCUAGUUUGUUUACCUGUUUGUUUCAUAUGAAGUACUUGUAUAGAAUUUCAAUGUAAAAAGCGUCAAACUCGACUUUUCCUCCCCUGCUGGAUUUGGUUUUGAGCUGUCAUUUUAUCCAAAGAAAAUACAGUACGUGAGAGCAAUCAUAUUUUUUUAUGAAUUCAAAGUCUCAUCGAUCAUUUUCUUGAAUGUCAGUCUUGACUGAAAGAAAGGCCUGGGUAACUAUAGGAACAUGUUGAAAAGCCGAUACCUGUUUGGGGUCACCAUUGUAGGCAGUCAAACCUUUAUUGCACUUUUUAACAAUUUCAAGAUUAAAACAACAACAACAUUUUUACAUAUCCUGUGUUUUGAAUAUAAAGCUCUAUUUGUGUAGUGUCAGUGUAGUGUAGGCAGCUGGUCUUCGUUCUUUUGCCUCUGAAAUGACAUUUGAGCGGCAGGUUUUACUGUGCUGCAUAAGCAGAAUUCUGUUUUUGCUUAUUUCUGUACAAAGAUUUUCUUGCUCUGUCUAGAAUAAUCUGUGGCUUUUUAAAAAAUAUCCUAAAACUGUUGUCUUUGUCUCUUAUUUUACAUGCAAAUGCUUAUUUUUAAUGUUGCUUUUUCAUAUGUUUUCCAGGCUUCCCACACAGCAUAUAUGACAUUUUUGUUAAUUACAGGAUUUUUUAUAAAUCAUUUUAGAGAUUGCAUGCACAAAGAUACAUUUCUGGGAGAUUGAAUGUAUAUUCACUGUAGACAUUUUUAUGAUUUUUUUUUUUUUUUUUUUAUGAUUGUAAAUUCCAUAAUAACUUUCCCAGGUCUGGAAACGACUAUUUCCAGUUUACAAUAAUUUCCACAUUUUCAUGCAACGGACACUUGCUAAAGCUUCUGAGAUUUAUUAUAUUAGACAUAUGACAUGUUCAAUGCCAUUUGCAUUUAUACAGUAAAUUAGAUUCCAGGUUUUGGACCCGUUUCUAGACUGGGCUGUUUACAGUUCCAGAAGUAGAUUAUAGAGAACGAGACCCGAGCGUGACUGAUGUGUGUAUUUUCCAUUUCCCUUUUUGAUUUAGAACUAGUAGCAUCUAAUAAACAUGCAAACAAAAACCAAAAAACUAGAGCAAAUAGUUUUCCUAAAAAUGCAUAUCCACAUAUGUGGACAGCAGGACUAAGUUGUACAUUCUUAAGCUAUAGAAAGUCAAAUUUUUUUUUUCUUUCAUCAAAUAGUUUGUGUCCUGCAGUGUUGGGUAUUCAUGUUUUUAAGACAUUACAGCUGAUCUUCUAUAAAGAUGAAUUAAUAAUUCUGAUUCGAAUUAAUGGCCAGCAUCAUCCAAUCACU